AUGAGAAAAGUAAAAGCCAGCGAAAUCCAUCAUCAAAGGUUGAGAUUAGAGAAUACAUUCAGAAACAAUACAGAAUAUACAGACCCACGCUCACUGGAAAUCCAAGGAACCAUAACCAUAACCAUUAUUUCACUUCUUUUUCUUUCUCUCUCCUCACCAAACCCAAAUCCAAAUCAACCUUCUUGUGUUCAUUCAAAAUCCCCCUUUUUUGGGAGUUUUAGAGUGAGAAUUUGGUGUAAUUGAAUUUGAACAGCGAUCCAGUUCAGAUUCUGAUAAGACUGACAAAUGGCAACUCUAACAUGGAGGAAAGCUUACGGCGCCAUUAAAGACCAGACCAAAGUUGGUCUUGCCCAAAUCAACAGUGAUUACAAGGAUUUGGAUGUCGCGAUUGUUAAGGCUACCAAUCAUGUUGAAUGCCCUCCCAAAGAAAGACAUCUAAGAAAGAUUUUGAUCGCUACAUCUGCUAUUAAGCCUCGUGCGGAUGUUGCUUAUUGCCUUCAUGCUCUUGCUCGCCGAUUAGCCAAGACCCGUAAUUGGACGGUAGCGCUGAAGACACUAAUAGUUAUUCAUAGGUUAUUGAGGGAAGGUGAUAUAACUUUCAGGGAAGAACUUCUCACAUUCUCUCAACGUGGGCGGGUACUGCAGCUCUCUAAUUUCAAGGAUGAUUCCGGUCCAAUUGCUUGGGAUUGUUCUGCUUGGGUUCGUACUUAUGCACUUUUCUUGGAAGAACGGCUUGAGUGUUUUAGAGUGUUAACAUAUGAUAUUGAAGCUGAACGUUUACCGAAACCUGCUCAGGGACAGGAGAAGGGUUAUAGUCUAACCAGAGAUUUGAACUCAGAGAAACUUUUAGAACAGUUGCCAGCUUUACAACAAUUGCUAUACCGUCUAUUCGGAUGUCGGCCUGAAGGAGCAGCUAAUGGAAAUUAUGUUAUACAAUAUGCACUAGCUUUGGUUCUUAAGGAGAGUUUUAAAAUCUAUUGCGCUAUUAAUGAUGGAAUUAUCAAUUUGGUUGAUAAGUUUUUUGAAAUGCCAAGACAUGAAGCUGUUAAAGCCCUUGAAAUAUAUAGAAGAGCUGGACAACAGGCUGCAAGUCUUUCUGAUUUUUAUGAAGUUUGUAAAGGAUUGGAACUUGCACGAAACUUCCAGUUUCCUGCUUUGAGAGAGCCACCACAAACGUUUCUUGCGACCAUGGAAGAAUAUAUUAGGGAGGCACCUAAGAUGGUUACCAUACCAACACAGCAGCUUGAACUGCCUGAGAGGCUUCUUCUGACAUACAAGCCCGAGGAAAAUUCUCUUUCUGAAGAUGAUAAAUCGAUUGUUGAAGAGCCGCAACAAAUGACUUCAGGUGAUUUAACUUCUAGUGCUGAAGCUGCUCCAACUACUGCUCCUCCACCUGCUAUGAAUCUGGAAUCGGAUGAUCUGCUGGGUUUAAAUGAUGUAACUCAUGAUGCAUCAGUCAUAGAGGAAAGUAAUGCAUUGGCUUUGGCCAUAGUGUCAGACGCUGCUACAACUUCAAAUAAUGGCACUACUUCAGCUAAAGAAUUUGAUCCCACUGGCUGGGAACUUGCUUUGGUCACAACCCCAAGCACCGAUGUUUCUGCCCAUACCGAGAGGCAACUGGCUGGUGGAUUGGAUUCGCUGACGCUGAAUAGUUUGUACGAUGAAGGAGCUUACAGAGCCAGUCAGCAGCCAGUUUAUGGAACACCAGCGCCCAAUCCAUUUGAAGUACAUGAUCCCUUCGCUAUGUCCAACAACAUUGCUCCUCCUGCCGCAGUUCAGAUGAUAUCUCAGCAACCACAAAUUAAUCCUUUUGGUCCUUAUCAGGCUCCUUUCCAUGCACAAUCACAGCCACCUGUUGGCCUUGCGGCACCAAAUCCUUUCGUUGAUAUGGGAUUUGGACCUUAUGCUGGUGCUCCUGUUAACCAUCCGCAGCAUCCUGCUAAUCCCUUCGGAAACACUGGACUGCUGUGAUUUUGUUCGGGUGCAUUUGUUUUGGCACAUCUCGAGACCACAAAAGCAAUGUUUAUAUUGUUAUUAGAUUAGGUAUGAGGUCUCAAUUUGAAGGAGGCAUUUGUACACUUGAUGUUCCUAUAGUGUCUAUGCAAACUACUAUGAAGAAGGAUGCAUAAAUCUAGUUAUUAUGAUUUAAUAAUCUCAAUUCCUUCCCAUUCAGAAGGAAAUUAUGACCGAGUGUAUAUUUUUAUUAGAUGAGCAUGUGUAAAGAAUGUGAUGAAAGUUGAAAGGGAAAAUUGUUUCCAUGGAACACUUUUCUUAUAAAUUUGUUCAAUCGACUUCAUUAUUUGCCGUA